AUGAGGAUUUGGGAUCAACAAAGAUCAAAUUUUUGCUCUUAUUCGUUUGGCUAUGACGCAGAGUCAGAUUCUGAGCAAUGCGGGGGAGGUGAAGAACGGAGAAGAACUCGCAAACGUUUGAAGAUCUCGGUGCCCCAUUUCGAUAACUCAGCUAUCAUCAAGACCUUUUCCAAAACACUGACUGGAAGAUGUAUGAAUCCGGAGGAGCAGGAGAUGAAGGCUCUGAUUUCGAAUCUCUCGAAAAUAUGGAAAUUGGAAGAGAGGGUAGUUGGUUCAGAUUUGGGUUUUGGUAAGUUUCAGUUUGACUUCGAUAAGGAGGAGGACAUAGAGGGGGUUCUUAAGCUUCAAUCCUUUCAUUUUGAUUACUGGAUGUUUUCCUUGGCGCGCUGGCAACCUAAGAAGUCCUCGCUCUACCCGUCGGAGAUAACCUUUUGGGUUCGAGUUAUAGGAGUUCCGGUGGAGUUCAAAACAGUACCCACUUUUGAGAGCAUUGGUGAGGCGAUUGGAAGGGCGGUGGCUGUCGAUUUGGAUCAUUCUCGUGUUCAGGUGGUGGUCGAUGCUUUCAAAGAGAUUUGUUUCGAAACCAAAGUAGACUUCACAGGCGGGGAGUUCUAUGAUGGUGAUCAGGAAGUUCCGGUAUCGUUGCGUUACGAGAAGCUAUUUGGAUAUUGUCAAGUUUGCGGCAGUCUUUGUUAA